GUGAUUGCGUCAGUCGCAAAAUAUUCACCGUACAGAGCGCACGCUCUUCAAAAAUUGUGUUUGUGUAUUUUUUAAAUACAUUUUUACCUACAAUUAGUUCGUGUAUUUGUUUUGAUAAGUUCUUGGUCAGGAGACACCAUGACGUCGUCGGACUUACCUCCAGCGUACAACUCUAUUCACAACUCUACCGCUAAUAUUGCUGUAAGUUCCAUCUCAAUACCAGAGGAUUUCUUAAAGAUGCCAAAUGAGUCGGAACCAAAUUGUGACGAUGUAUCAGAAUUGAUAACCAACAACUGCUUCGAUGACAAAACCACUAGAAUUGGGUUUUUACAAAAGGUGCUGGCUAUAAAAUUGUUACAGACACUCUUAAUGGUUCUCAUCUUUGGCAUUUUCGCAGCGUGCAAUUACGACAUCCGUAUGACAAUGCGUCAUGGGGCAGAGGUGCACUUUAUAUUAUUAUCAACUUUAAUAUUCCUUGCUAUUACUGGGCUUCUCAUAUACUGCACUAAAGCUCGGCGAGAGAACCCGUACCGAUACAUCUUCCUGAUAUUCCACCCGAUCAGUUUGGCACUAUUUGUCAGUUUUCCGGCGACGAUCCUGUACAUUUUAUCUUCGAUCGCCUUAGCUUUCCUCACCUACGUGUUUGCGCUGUUCUCCGUGCUGCUAUACAGCGUUUUUGCGCUGCAGACCAAGCUACCGUUUGCUGCCAAGCACGCCAUGUUCCUUGCGUGUCUAGUGCAGAUUUUAAUAUAUGCAUUCAUCGUCCCUUUCGUGUGGGGAGUCAACGCCUUCGCAAUUCUAUACAUCUCUCUCGCUCUCUCUCUAGAUUUAAUUUACAUUCUAUGGGACUUAGAAACUAUGACUUCCAAAAAGUAUUGGCAUGAUAUCACACCUGACAAUUUUGUCGACGGAGCUCUUAACCUGCAGUUAGAUUACUACUAUAUGUUUGUUAAUAUCAUGAUGCCACAAAUACGUAAAGGUGUAGAAACAAAUGAACAGUGUUAAUCAUUAUGACAUUAUGGCCAAAUUUUAAAGUUCCAUUAAUGAUUAAAAAUUAAAUUAUGGCGAGAUUUUUUGUAUCCGUUUAAAUGGAGAUGAGAGAAGACUUUUGUACCAAACUCUAUUUUGCUAAUGAUGAUUUGAUUGAUUUGAUUAUGAUGAUGAAGAUGAUGCUGAUGAGUUUGAUGAUACAGGUAUCCUAGAUAAAGAGGCGGAUUUUAAUGGUACCCUGAUUAUAUUGUCCACGAGUUUUG